AUGGAAUAUCCUGCACAGCGUUCUUGCCAUGUCGAAUGGCGAAAUCGGAAAAGUAAAGGGGAACUUCUAAAUAAUUUUCUUGUUGAAAUUGGCGCCGAUAUUUGUACACAUCGCUACAAAGAAGAUGAAGUUCGUCAAGGACAUGUUUUGAAUGAUGCUGAAGAUAAAGUGGUUCAAGACGUGAAAAUGAAAAAUGGAAUGUUAAAAUAA